GGUGGGAUGGUCUAGGAUUUUGAAAUUCCUAAGUCGAGUACCAACAGAAUGGUAUCUAGAAGUUGUUACUAGGCUCACGGUUUGGGUCCUUCCAUCGCGUCCAGCUAUUCUGCAACCGCGCGAUGUCGCGAAACAAGUGAUGAUCACGUUGUGGGCUCAUGUUAGGUUCAUACAACGCGUUACAUGACCCUCGCGAUGGCUCGCAAGAGCUUGCAUCAAAGAAUAAGGAGCGCGACCAAGAUUGUUGAGUCCAUGGAACUACCACGAGAAAUGACGACAAAAACUGGGAUGGUUUUCCACCUGGAGAAAAAGCCGAGUAGAGCAUUGCGCCGUGAAGAAAAGCUUUGGUUGGAAAGCCUGCUCAAGAGGAACAUGGAGGCGCAUUUCUCACCUGAAAAUUGGCCACAAGUGCUCUCGGAUAAGCUAACAGAAUCUGUGGAGCCUGACGCCAUCUAUCUCUUUCUCCGAGAAUCGAAGGCUGUCAAUCAGGCCACUACUGAUGCAAAAUCAGUGGCUGUAGGGAGCAUGGCUGCAUGCACAGCGGAGACGAGAAUGAGGGCAAAAGCUCCAGGGACCAUAUUUUCUGCCGACACUUCACAGCAUGAAUGUCAAAAACCCUCCGAGCCUCAAGUGCAGGAGGAAGGAAGAUCUCAACAGCAGCGUCAGCUCCAGCUUUCGUCCAAUGCAAGACUUGGACACAAUGUCACAAGCCAGCUGUGGAAUACCAAUGCCUCAUAUCAAGAGAUGUAUGGGGGAUGUAAGGGGACUAACUGCACCACAGGAUGCAAGCUUGCAGGCUUUAUGCACUUCCGUAUUGUGGAGGAGGAUGAGAUGGCUUCUCUGUACGUGUACGAAUUACAAGUGGAGGAGGAAUACCAAGGAAUGGGUAUCGGCAGCAAGCUGAUGAGGAUUGCUGAGCUCAUUGCAAAGAAGUGUGGGCUUGAUGCCAUCUUCCUAACAGUUCAAAAGAAAAAUACAGCUGCAAGGACGCUGUACAUGAAGAAGUUGGGGUUCCAAAUUGCGGAUCACUCACCAGCAAGGGAUGAGGAGCGGGAGUACGAGAUACUGGUAAAAGAAGUUGCCUAACUGUUUGGAGAAUAUAUUAAUUUCGUUCCACUUAGUGUUUUCACUCUUAUUACGGUAAUUACGGCUUGCAUAGGCACACAUUCACCAACAUUGUCAGUGGAACACGCGUGGCGCAAGCUCGGAAUGCUUAUCAAGGCAGUGCAGUGCACACAGACCGAGGUGUCAGACAGUGUCAGUCCAGUUAGGCCUGCCUUCCGUCCAAAGCUGAGUCUUGGAAAAGCAGCAAAAGCAGCACUGAGGGUCGGGGAGCUGCAGCACUUAUUUCUGGGACGAGUCCUGGCCUGCACACAGUAGGAGAGAACGUUAUAGGCCGAACUGCGAUAGGUAGGAAUAUUACUAUGGCGUAAUAGGAAUGCCAUGGUUCUUGCUAGCCUUCCCACUUAGCUCUAUCACGAUAUCGAGAGCUAGUUUGUGCUGUGGACCGUGCGCUUGAAGCGCUACGAUAUGACAGGGCCACUUGGUCGGACCGCGUACUCUAGUGGUAAUAUUACGGCCGGCGGAGGUGGUAAAGACUUGAAGAAGCCGAGCAUCGAUCGAGCCGAAUGUGGUUCGAGCGUGGAGACCCCGAGCAAACUCGUGCGGCGACGGCCAUGGCUGGCCAGUCCUCUCAAACUGGCCACGCCGCGAGUCUCUAAGCCGCUUCUCCUCCUGAGCAUUCUCGUGGCUGUAUUCCUGUGCUACGCAUUCAACCCUAGCGUACUUAACCGUUAUUUUGCUGGUUCUACGGGGAGAACCACAUUACGUACCGUGUCUUUGAGCGGUGACGCCAAUGUAACUUGGCGACAACCCGAGGAGGUUCACGUUGUGUCCCGGAUUGUUCACUCCAGAAACACGAAUUCGAGGAGUUAUCGCUUAAACAUUUCGACCAGCUGCGUGGAGGUGCUUCAGGCAGCCGCUAAGCUCCCUGGUGCCAGGAAAAUUCUUGUCAGUGCUUCGCGCUUAGCUAAGUGCAGAGGCGAUCUAUGCUCGGCAAUGCAGCAACUCGCGAGUCAAGCUUCAAAGAGAGCAGCUUCAGCUGCUCUGAACGAGGAUCAGAGAUUUUCCUCUGCAAUGAGCAAGCAAAACGGUCCAUUAACCCCUGCUGACCUGCAGGCUAUCCAAGAGGGUGACCUAGGAUUGGUGUGUAGCAGGGAGUGGAAGCACGGCCUCAUGAGCCGCGUUCCUGACAAUCAUUUCUUCAGGAAGGUUCUCAGCGGCAACCGAACUUCGUUGGCAAUCAUCUCUGCUCAGAUCGACUCUAUCUGCGGGAGAAUACGAGAGAUUGAGCAUAAUCUUACCAGAGGUCUCGAUGCGGACAGUUUGAGUGACCCUGACAGUAGCAGCAGCAUGAGUGGCCCCGACAGUCCGUGCAACCACUGGCCUGAGUCGUGCUGGCCCGUGCCUGGCAUGCCCUUUUUCAGGCUCGCUGAUUUUGGUCGGCGCAAGUACCUGGUGUUUGCAGCGGUGGAGGAGCAGCUCACCAACGCCAAGAUCCACUUCAUCGAGGCGGCUAAGGUCGCCAGGGAGUCAAACCGCAUCCUCGUCCUGCCCAAGGGCGGGCACAGCCACCUCGCGGUGGGGCGGCCCAUGCCCAUGUGCGCCUACUGCGACCUCGCCCACCUCAACAGCACGGAGUGGGUCUCGCCUGAGUUCUUCCUCCUCGUCGCCCGAGCUGCCUUCUCCACUCUCUCCCUCGGCUUCCUCUGUGUCGACACGCCUGACCUCUCCAGGCCCUGCUUUGGAACCAAGGAGAUCGCGAGAAGCCUGGGGGCGCUGCUCACCCUGGCCAUGGGGCAUGUGCCUGCGCGUGGCAACAUAGUCAAGCUGCACAUGCCGUCCCGCAUCGACCAUGUGCAGACGCUGCUCAAAGCCUGGGCUGACAGGGACGUGGUGAUCUACUCCAAGAACACCUUUGACCGCUUUGACAAGGCAACAGACGACAUUGCGCAAGAUGUGAUGCCCUAUGCAAAGCAGUGGCGUGAUGUGGCUGACAGCAUUGUUGCUGGGCUUCCCAAGCCAUUUAUUGCCGUCCAUUUCCGCUCCGAGUUCAUUGCGUUUAACCUGGCGGAGGAAAGAAAGAGUGAUCUAUCUUCUGCAGAGAGGUUAACGAUCCUGGGAGAUCGCAUGGAGCAAUGCACCAGGUUGGCCGUCCGGCUGAUUAACCGUAUGAAGAAGACACAUAACGCAAGUACUGUUUUCAUUGCCGCCGAUGUACCGUAUAACAAGUCAAGAGUAACGCCACGCUCCGAGUCUUGGGGGGCCAUGUCUUGGGCGUUUGGCAACAGCACGCUGACGGAGGUGCCUCAAUACUGGCUGGCUUGGCUGCGGAAUAAAGUCAAGGGGACGGUCAUGAUUGACGAGCUCAUGCCAUCUUUGAACAGCCAAGAUCCAGGGAUCGUUGCCAUUGUUGACAAGCUAAUAUGCGCAGAGUCCACGAUCUUCCUAGCUGGCUCUGGAGCAUGUGGUGGUCGUCGUAACUUUGAGAAGGAUAUUCUCCUUCAUCGUCGAAACAUAUUGGGCGAGUCCACUCGCAUUCCUCGAUGGGCCCAUGGACAAAAGCUGCUGUGGGAUAAGGCCUAGUUCAAAAGAGCGCUCAUGUGAUGUGUGUUAUUCAAUUGUUGUGCAAGUCUA